CUGGUUUUAACCAAACCACGGAUCAGAUGUCGCUGCCGGAGCCGGAGUCACUUAUCGAAAUUGAGGGGGGUUUUAUGCCCUUUCCAUUCAGCGGGUGUUGUGUUUUCUGAACUGCACUCGGUUGCGGUGCAAAGUAGCUCAUAGACAGCGCUGACUGCUGGAAUUCGCACAAUCGUCUGGCCUGUUUUUACUGAGCAGCAUUUGUGUCCGAUUGCGCUUCCGCCAUGUUGAACUGAUUCAAGUUGUGAGUGACUGCUGGGACCGAAGUGACAAGCCCUAGGAAUCGGACUAGACAGAGUUAGGGGGCUGUUACCGCGCCGGUGACGCAGGAAAAACACCCAGAAGCAGGGGAAAACGUAGGAAUUAGAUCUUUCUAGUAACAGGUUUGUGUCCUGCGAAACUGUCACCGAUAUAGGCCACGUUUAUGUAAUAUACGACGACACCAUCGUUCAAGGCUGGACGUAGCCCGUGAAUAGAGGGGGAAGUCAUAUCAAAUUCCUGGUUAUGCAAUGGUCUCAGCGGCACAUCCAGAUCUCCAGGUGCUUGUGUCCCUCUCUCGUGUGUUCGGGCUCUCUUCCCUCUGCUCUACAGCUGAGGUGGCUGUGAUUUCCCUCCUGGCCAGCGCUCCCUAAGAGGCCAAGAUUGCCAAGAUCUGCCCUGUGGCGAGCAUGACGGCCACCACGCGUGGCUCUCCGGUGGGGGGCAAUGACAGUCAGGGCCAGGGCCAGGCACCUGAUGCUCAGAGCCAACCCCCACUGCCACAGAACCAGACAUCAUCUCCUAACUCAUCUAAUGAGAACUCUCCAGUGAGCCCACCAGAUGAGCAGGGCCAGGGGGAUGGGCCCCCUCAGCUGGAAGAGGAAGAGCCCGCUUUCCCUCAUACUGACCUAGCCAAGCUGGAUGACAUGAUCAACAGGCCUCGUUGGGUUGUUCCAGUUUUGCCAAAAGGAGAAUUAGAAGUCCUCUUGGAAGCUGCUAUAGACCUGAGUAAAAAAGGACUGGAUGUGAAGUGUGAGGCAUGUCAGAGGUUCUUCCGAGAUGGUCUUACCAUCUCUUUCACAAAGAUCCUGACAGAUGAGGCAGUCAGCGGCUGGAAGUUUGAGAUUCAUAGGUGUAUCAUCAAUAACACACACCGGUUGGUGGAGUUGUGUGUGGCCAAGCUCUCUCAGGACUGGUUUCCUCUACUGGAGCUGCUGGCAAUGGCCACCAACCCUCACUGCAAGUUCCACAUCUACAAUGGCACACGGCCCUCUGAGACCGUCCCCGCCGGAGCACAGCUGGCUGACGAUGAGCUCUUUGCCCGACCACCAGACCCACGAUCUCCUAAGGGCUGGUUGGUGGACUUAAUAAACAAAUUUGGCACGUUAAACGGGUUUCAAAUGUUGCACGAUCGCUUCAUGAGCGGCCAAGCACUGAACGUCCAGAUCAUCGCUGCACUUAUCAAGCCUUUUGGCCAGUGUUACGAGUUCCUCACAUUGCAUACGGUAAAGAAGUACUUCCUUCCAGUCAUCGAGAUGGUUCCCCAGUUUCUAGAGAAUCUCACAGAUGAGGAGCUGAAGAAAGAGGCCAAGAAUGAAGCCAAAAACGACGCACUGUCCAUGAUAAUCAAGUCUCUGAAAAAUCUGGCUUCUCGUGUACCAGGACAGGAGGAGACCGUGAAGAAUUUAGAGAUUUUUAGAUUAAAAAUGAUUCUUAGGUUAUUGCAAAUUUCUUCUUUUAACGGCAAAAUGAAUGCACUAAAUGAAGUUAACAAGGUGAUCUCCAGUGUGUCCUACUACACUCAUCGGCACAACCCUGAAGAGGAGGAGUGGCUGACUGCAGAGCGCAUGGCGGAGUGGAUCCAGCAGAACCACAUCCUGUCCAUUGUGCUCAGGGACAGUUUGCACCAGCCACAGUAUGUUGAGAAACUGGAGAAGAUCCUUCGCUUCGUUAUCAAAGAGAAAGCUCUUACAAUGCAGGAUCUGGACAACAUCUGGGCUGCACAGGCUGGUAAGCAUGAGGCCAUUGUGAAGAAUGUCCAUGACCUUCUGGCCAAGCUUGCAUGGGACUUCUCACCUGAGCAGCUUGAUCAUCUUUUUGACUGUUUCAAGGCAAGCUGGACCAAUGCCAGCAAGAAGCAGCGUGAAAAACUGCUCGAACUUAUCCGGCGCUUGGCUGAGGAUGAUAAGGAUGGUGUGAUGGCCCACAAGGUCCUCAACCUGUUGUGGAACCUGGCACACAGCGAUGAUGUGCCUGUAGACAUCAUGGACCAGGCUCUUAGUGCUCACAUCAAAAUAUUGGAUUACAGUUGCUCACAGGACAGAGACACUCAGAAAAUCCAGUGGAUAGAUCGCUUCAUAGAGGAGCUACGAACCAAUGACAAAUGGGUGAUCCCUGCCCUGAAGCAAAUCAGAGAAAUCUGUAGCCUCUUUGGAGAAGCUCCUCAAAACCUUAGUCAAACCCAGAGAAGUCCUCAUGUGUUUUACCGCCAUGAUCUGAUCAACCAGCUGCAGCAUAACCAUGCUUUGGUGACUUUGGUGGCUGAGAACCUCUCAGCCUACAUGGAGACCAUGAGGCAGUUCUCCAAAGAAGAACAAGCUGAGUUUGACCCCCAGACAGUCAGGCCUGGAAGCCGCUACAGCCAUGUCCAGGAAGUCCAGGAACGACUCAACUUCCUGAGGUUCCUGCUAAAGGAUGGCCAGUUGUGGCUGUGCGCCCCUCAGGCCAAGCAGAUCUGGAAGUGUUUGGCUGAGAAUGCAGUGUUCCUCUGUGACCGUGAGGCCUGCUUCAAAUGGUACUCCAAGCUGAUGGGUGAUGAGCCAGACCUGGACCCAGACAUCAAUAAGGACUUCUUUGAGAACAAUGUUCUUCAGUUGGACCCAUCUCUGCUUACGGAGAAUGGCAUGAAAUGCUUUGAGAGGUUCUUCAAAGCUGUCAACUGCAGGGAGGGCAAGCUGGUAGCAAAGCGCAGGGCCUACAUGAUGGAUGACCUGGAACUAAUAGGCUUGGACUACCUCUGGAGGGUGGUAAUUCAAGGAAGUGAUGACAUCGCCAGCCGAGCAAUCGACCUGCUGAAAGAGAUUUAUACCAACCUCGGACCAAAACUACAAGUCAAUCAGGUUGAAAUUCAUGAGGAUUUCAUCCAGUCAUGUUUUGACCGUCUGAAGGCAUCCUAUGACACCCUGUGUGUGUUGGAUGGAGACAAAGACAGCAUCAACUGUGCCCGUCAGGAGGCCAUCCGGAUGGUGCGAGUUCUCACUGUGCUCAAAGAGUACAUCAAUGAGUGUGACAGUGACUACCAUGAGGAGAGGACUAUACUGCCUAUGUCCAGAGCUUUCCGUGGGAAGCACAUCACAUUGAUCGUACGUUUCCCCAACCAAGGCCGUCAGGUAGAUGACCUGGAUAUCUGGUCACAUACUAAUGACACAAUUGGCUCAGUUCGGCGUGGCAUCCUUACCAGGAUCAAAGCUAAUGCUGCACAUACCAAGAUAGAGCUCUUUAUUGGUGGAGAGGUUGUUGAUCCAGCUGACGACAGGAAGCUGAUUGGGCAGCUCAAUUUGAAGGACAAAACGCUGAUCACAGCCAAGCUGACCCAGGUGAGUGCCAACAUGCCCUCAAGCCCAGACAGCUCCUCUGACUCAUCCACUGGCUCUCCUGGUAACCAUGGCAACCACUAUAGUGAUGGGCCCAACCCUGAGGUGGAGAGCUGUCUUCCUGGUGUGAUUAUGUCACUGCAUCUGCGCUACAUCUCCUUCCUGUGGCAAGUGGCUGACCUGGGCUGCAACCUCAACAUGCCUCUGCUUAGAGAUGGAGCUCGAGUUCUCAUGAAACUCAUGCCCCCAGAUAACACUACAGUGGAGAAUCUGAGAGCUGUUUGUCUGGACCACGCCAAGCUCGGUGAGAACAGCCUCAGUCCUUCCCUGGACUCGCGCUUCUUCGGCCCUUCACCCUCACAAGUGCUCUACCUCAUUGAGGUUGUGUAUGCUUUGCUAAUGCCAGCCAGUGCCACCCUGGGCGAGGACGCCAGUGACUUCCAGUACAACUUCUUGAAGAGUGGCGGGCUGCCCCUGGUGCUGAGCAUGCUCACCAGGAAUAACUUCCUCCCAUCGGCAGAUAUGGAGACUCGGCGUGGGGCAUAUCUCAAUGCGCUGAAAAUUGCCAAGCUCCUCCUGACUGCUGUGGGUUUUGGACAUGUGAAGGCUGUGGCUGAGGCCUGCCAGCCCAACGCAGAGGGAAAUAUUCCCGUCUCUCCGAUUAACCAGGCCACUCAUGACCAGGCGCUGGUUCUCCAGAGUGCCCUGCAAAACAUCCCUAACCCUGCCUCAGAAUGCAUGCUGCGCAACGUAGCCAUCCGCCUGGCCCAGCAGAUUUCUGAUGAGGCAUCAAAGUACAUCCCAGACAUUUGUGUGAUCCGAGCGGUACAGAAAAUAGUGUGGGCAUCAGGCUGUGGUACUGUGCAACUUGUCUUCAGUUCCAAUGAAGAAAUCAGCAAGAUAUAUGAGAAGACCAAUGCAGCCAAGGAGCCAGAUGGGGAAGAUGAGCAGGUGUGCUGUGAGGCCCUAGAAGUGAUGACACUGUGUUUUGCCCUCAUGCCCACGGCUCUGGACACACUCAGUAAGGAGAAGGCUUGGCAAACCUUCAUCAUAGACUUGCUGCUACACUGCCAUAGCAAAUCUGUUCGUCAGAUGGCCCAAGAGCAGUUUUUCCUAAUGGCAACUAGGUGCUGUAUGGGCCAUCGACCCCUCCUUUUCUUUAUCACCCUUCUCUUCACUGUGCUAGGGAGUACAGCCAAGGAGCGAGCCAAACAUGCUGGGGACUAUUUCACUUUGCUCAGACAUCUGCUGAACUAUGCCUAUAACAGCAACAUCAACCUGCCAAAUGCUGAGGUGCUGCUCAACAAUGAGAUCGACUGGCUAAAACGGAUAAGGGAUGAAGUUAAGAGGACGGGGGAGACUGGUGUGGAGGAGACCAUCCUGGAGGGCCACCUUGGGGUUACCAAAGAACUUCUAGCCUUCCAGACACCAGAGAAGAAAUAUUACAUCGGCUGUGAGAAGGGAGGAGCGAACCUCAUAAAGGAGCUGAUUGACGACUUCAUCUUCCCAGCAUCUAAUGUUUACCUUCAGUACAUGAAGAGUGGGGAGUUCCCCACAGAGCAGGCCAUCCCAGUGUGCAGCACCCCUGCAUCCAUCAACGCUGGCUUUGAGCUCCUGGUGGCGCUGGCUGUCGGCUGUGUUCGCAACCUCAAACAGAUAGUCGACACUCUGACUGACAUGUACUACUUAGGUUGUGAAACGUUGACAGAGUGGGAGUACUUGCCUCCAGUGGGGCCACGGCCCAACAAAGGCUUUGUAGGUCUGAAGAACGCCGGGGCCACCUGCUACAUGAACUCUGUCAUUCAGCAGCUGUACAUGAUCCCUCCUAUCCGCAAUGGCAUCCUGGCCAUCGAGGGCACGGGCACUGAUGUGGAUGAUGACAUGUCAGGGGAUGAGAAACAGGAGAAUGAGAGUAAUGUGGAUCCUCGUGAUGAGGUGUUCAGCUACCAUCAUCAGUUUGAUGAUAAGCCCUCCAGUAAGUCAGAGGACAGGAAAGAGUACAACAUUGGGGUACUGCGUCACCUACAGGUCAUCUUUGGCCAUCUGGCUGCAUCCAGACUGCAGUACUAUGUCCCUAGGGGAUUCUGGAAACAGUUCAGGUUAUGGGGUGAGCCAGUGAACUUGCGAGAACAGCACGACGCUUUGGAGUUUUUCAACUCUUUGGUGGACAGUCUGGAUGAAGCUCUGAAAGCCCUGGGCCACCCUGCCAUGCUGAGCAAGGUGCUGGGAGGAUCCUUUGCUGACCAGAAGAUCUGUCAGGGAUGUCCCCACAGGUAUGAGUGUGAGGAGUCAUUUACAACACUCAAUGUAGACAUCAGAAACCACCAGAACCUGUUGGACUCCAUGGAGCAGUAUGUUAAAGGAGAUCUGCUGGAGGGAGCCAAUGCCUACCACUGUGAGAAGUGUAAUAAGAAGGUGGACACAGUGAAGCGCCUGCUGAUUAAGAAGCUGCCACCGGUCCUGGCCAUCCAGCUGAAACGCUUUGACUAUGACUGGGAGAGGGAGUGUGCCAUCAAGUUUAAUGACUACUUUGAGUUCCCCAGGGAGCUGGACAUGGAGCCGUAUACAGUAGCUGGUGUGGCCAAACUAGAGGGCGAUGACGUCAACCCGGAGAACCAGGUGAUCCAACAGAACGAGCCCUCUGAACCCACACCACCGGGUAGCUCCAAGUAUCGUCUGGUGGGAGUGCUGGUCCACUCAGGCCAGGCUAGUGGAGGACACUACUACUCCUACAUAAUCCAGAGGAAUGGGGGCGAUGGCGAGAAGAACCGCUGGUACAAGUUUGAUGAUGGUGAUGUGACUGAGUGCAAGAUGGACGAUGAGGAGGAGAUGAAGAACCAGUGCUUUGGAGGGGAGUACAUGGGCGAGGUGUUCGAUCAUAUGAUGAAAAGGAUGUCGUACCGGAGGCAGAAGCGCUGGUGGAAUGCCUACAUCCUUUUCUAUGAGCGAAUGGACUCACUGGACAAGGACAGCGAGCUUGUCAAAUACAUCUCGGAGCUGACGAUCUCCUCCACCAAGCCGCAUCAGGUCAAGAUGCCUGGUGUCAUCGAGUGCAGCGUCCGCAAGCAGAACGUCCAAUUCAUGCACAACCGAAUGCAAUACAGCCUGGAAUAUUUCCAGUUCAUUAAGAAACUUCUGACCUGUAACAGUGUCUAUUUAAACCCUCCUCCAGGACAAGACCAUCUUCUGCCAGAGGCAGAAGAGAUUGCUAUGAUAAGUGCUCAGCUGGCUGCUAGGUUCCUCUUCAGCACAGGUUUUCACACCAAGAAAGUAGUACGGGGUCCUGCCAGUGACUGGUAUGACGCCCUCUGCAUCCUGCUGAGACACAGUAAGAAUGUACGCUAUUGGUUUGCACACAACGUUCUGUUUGCUUACCCUAACCGGUUCUCCGAGUACCUGCUUGAGUGCCCGAGCGCUGAGGUCCGUGGUGCAUUUGCCAAGCUCAUCGUCUUUAUCGCUCACUUCUCCCUGCAAGACGGCCCCUGCCCCUCCCCCACCGCCUCGCCUGGACCCUCUGCUCAGGGCUGUGAUAACCUCAGUCUAAGUGACCACCUGUUGAGAGCUGUACUCAACCUGCUCAGAAGAGAGGUUUCUGAACACGGCCGUCACCUGCAGCAGUACUUCAACCUCUUUGUCAUGUACGCCAAUCUGGGCUUGGCAGAAAAGACCCAGCUGCUCAAGCUGAAUGUCCCUGCCACGUUCAUGUUGGUUGCUCUGGACGAGGGUCCCGGACCUCCCAUUAAGUACCAGUACGCUGAGCUGGGCAAGCUCUACACUGUGGUCUCCCAGCUGGUCCGCUGCUGUGAUGUCUCCUCACGCAUGCAGUCCUCCAUCAAUGGUAAUCCUCCUCUUCCUAACCCGUAUGGGGACACCAACCUGACAGCCCCAGUGAUGCCUGUUCAGCAGCUGGUGGCAGAGAUCCUGUUUGUGAGGACCAGCUACGUGAAGAAGAUCAUUGAAGACUGCAGCAACUCUGAGGAGACAGUGAAGCUGCUUCGCUUCAGCUGCUGGGAGAACCCCCAGUUCUCCUCCACUGUGCUCAGUGAACUGCUCUGGCAGGUGGCGUACUCCUACACCUAUGAGCUGAGGCCUUACCUGGACUUGCUGCUACAGAUCCUGCUCAUCGAGGACUCGUGGCAGACGCACAGGAUCCACAAUGUGCUGAAGGGAAUUCCAGACGACAGAGAUGGACUUUUUGACACCAUCCAGCGCUCUAAGAACCACUACCAGAAACGGGCCUAUCAAUGCAUCAAGUGCAUGGUGGCCCUGUUCAGCAACUGCUCUGUGGCUUAUCAGAUCCUACAGAGUAACGGCGACCUGAAACGAAAGUGGACGUGGGCGGUAGAGUGGUUAGGGGACGAGCUGGAGAGGAGGCCGUACACAGGGAACCCCCAGUACACCUACAACAACUGGUCCCCUCCGGUUCAGAGCAACGAGACCUCCAACGGAUAUUUCCUGGAACGCUCGCACAGUGCACGUAUGACCCUGGCCAAGGCCUGUGAACUCUGUCCUGAAGAGGAGCCAGAUGAACAGGAAGCACCUGAUGAUCAAGACUCCUCCCCACCUGAGGACACCUCUUUGUACCCACAUUCUCCUGGAACCACCCAGUUUCAGCAGAACAACCACCCCCACGGGCAGCCGUACACCGGGCCCGCUGCCCAGCACAUGAACAACCCCCAGCGUCCCGGUCCUGCCUCUGCUCCGACUCCUGGCCCCACCCAGACCCCGACCCCAGGCCCUGGUCCCACUCCCGGCCCAGGCCCGCGAGCACAAGAGAACUGGGAGAGCACCGAGGAGGUCACCCCCGCCCCGACCUCUACCCCGGCACCUGCCCCGCCUAAGGAGUAACGUCCCCUCCCCCCUCUGCUGUGCCUCGAGCCUCCAUCGUCCCGCUCUCCUUCCUCUCAUCCUUUGGUCAACAGAGCUCCUCAUCGGGCCUCUCUCUCUUUCUCUCUCUCUGGCCCCAGGGCAGGGCAGAGCCGGGCCUCCCACCCCCUCUCCAGGCCGCUUCUCUCUCCCGUCAGCCUGAGGGAGGCGCUCUUCCCUGGCCUGGGGCUGCCUGACCGUGUGACAGGGGCCUGCUGGCGGCUGCAGAGGCGAGGGAGUGGACAAGAGUUCUAAUAAAGAAAAACAAAUUUACCCAGAGCUGACGAUGCUGAUGCGCUUGUCUACACGACGAAAAGGUGUACAUAGUAUGUUAAUGUUUCUGACUGUUCAGGUCCCCCAGUAGCAUAACUCUGUGUGGUUUGCUGUUGGGAGAUGUUGCAGAUAUUAUGAAAAACAAAAAUGGAUAUUAUAAAUAAGAAAAAUGCCCAAAAAAAAAAGAAACUGUAAGAAGACAACAACUCCUCUUUGUUUUAUCACCCAUGCUCAGCAGUAAAGUUUGUUCUACCAUCGGACGGUUACUGGUCAUUCAACUGUAGAAGGACGCAUUGUUAUUAUCAUAAUUAAUAUUAUUAUUCUUAAGCUCCUCGGCAACCUUAUGACCCAUGCCAAAUCAACUCACGAGCUGUGGUUGGUUUUAGUGUGACAUAUGGAAUGGUUGGGUGGACUUUUACGGUGUUUGGUUGAUGUGAAAAAGCAGUGAUGCAACAUUGUUCUGAAACUCAUUGCCUUUCUUUUCUUUUUCUUUCUUUUUUUUUUUUUCUUUUCGUUUGUUCUGGUAAUUAAUUCAAUCCUUUUUGAAGCUCUAGUUAAUAUGCUGUAACAUUUAGCAUGGCUUCUCACCAGAAUAGUGUAGCCCAAGGGAAGACUUGUGAUCAUAACAACCUAAAGCUGUUCUUAAUCCACAUCUCCAGAGGGGUGUUGUUACCCAUAGGUUUUUUUUUUUUGUUUUGUUUUUGUUUUUGUUUUGUUUUUCUACUCAUCUACCCUAUCUACAAUGAGGGCGAUAUUUUGAACCAAUGUAUGAAUAAGUGGCUUUUCAAUUGCUCAUCAUAAUCCUACAACUUUACAUUUGGCAGCCAGUUUUGGUGGGAUAGACAGCUUAGCUUUCAUCUAUAGGAAUUCUGAAAAAUGAAACACAUAUGCAACAGAAUUGCUGCACUGGGCUAUCUGGUGUAUAAUAGACUGUGUGGUUUGCUUCUGUCUCUUCAAUAGACCCCUAGUUGUAGACAGACUUGUUGCCCAUCGGCUUCCUUUCUGCCACAGAGCUGGUGGGGUUUGGCGUCUGGCUGCAGUUCAGGACGAACCAACCGAUCCCGAGCGGCAGCGAGACCACCCCCCCCCCCGGUCAUCUCGCUCCGUGGAGAAAAGGUUCCACAGCAGGGUUGUACCGUAAGAAUAGCAGCUGGUUAGUCAUGUUGCAACUUGAGCUAACUUGUAAUUCUGUAGGAGUAAAAGGUAAACAUCAGUAAAUACUGUAUUUAAUUGGUAACUUGAAUGCGUGUAUUUUUUGAAUUUUUCUUUUCUUUUUUUUUUUUUCUUUUUUGUCUAAAACAUACCAAAUACUCCUGCAAAUGAAAAUAUUCUGCCCACCGUAUUAUAUUUAAAUAUUUUGCUCUUAUUUUAUAGAAUUUAUUUUGUUGUAUUUCACUAAAAAUAGAAUUUGAUUUAAGAGGAACAUUUUUGUCCUUGUGUUAUUUUUAAAGAAGAUAUUGACUGUACAGAGUUCUGCGCCCUGUUUUUUGCCGACUUUUGUUUUGGCCAUGGUGUGACGUUGAAUUCUGGGGCUACAGUCGCGAUGUGGACUUUCACUUUGUGAGGUUUUUUGUGCACAGAAAUAUAACAAAAAAAAAGCAUUGCGCCCUUAGCAAAUAAAGAACAUGGAAUCUUG